AUGGCUGCCUCUAGGAACCUCAGCCUUUGUUUACAGGGACUUAUUUUACUUUUUUUCGCUUAUUGUUUAAUAAUGGUAAUAGCUAAUGAAGUAGACAGUUGUGAAAAUCUGCACUUGGGACAGUAUCUUUGCAAAGACGCAAAAAUAGACGAUGCAACACAAGAGCCUGAAAACUGCAAGGAUUCAGUUGCUUGGGUGGAAUGCAUGCCAGCACCCAAAAUCAGCUGCCGCUUGUCCAACGGGACCGAAUUUACAUUCAGCGGAGAAGAAGUGGGAUUCAACAAAACCGUGCCCUGUCGAAACGUGAGUGGUUACUCGUACAGAGUUGCCGUAGCCCUCUCCCUCUUCCUUGGUUGGCUGGGAGCAGAUCGUUUCUACCUGGGAUACCCAGCUUUAGGGCUGCUGAAGUUCUGCACCGUGGGCUUCUGUGGAAUUGGCAGUCUGGUGGACUUCAUGCUGAUAUCCAUGCAGAUCGUUGGACCGUCCGACGGAUCGAACUACAUCGUGGAUUACUACGGGGCGCGUCUCACGCGACUGUCCAUCACGAACGAGACCUUUAGGAAGACCCAGAGUUCUCCCUGAAGACUGGACAGGAGGACAAACCGAUUCAUCAGAGGGUGUUAAUUUGGCUGUGCAAGGCUAGUUGUUGUUGUUUUUUGGACACCCCCUGCAGCGCCCUUCCCCUGUACACUGGCACGGAUUCCACGAGGAAGAACGAAGGCUUCAGCAUCACACGUUGGGAGGUUGGAGGACCGGACUGGAAGCUCUGAGUGUGUUCACGAUGGACCCUGAAAUUCAACCUCACUCUGCCUCAGUAACACAGCCGAGGCUGACCCCACCAUGAUACACUCCUCCUGCUCCUGCCCGUGUGAAUGACGACCCACACCUUCACCCCUGUGUGUGACGGAGUCUGCUCUUAUAAUGUGUUCUAGUGCCUCAGUAACACAGCUGGGGCUGACCCUACCAUCACGUACUCCUCCUGCUCCUGCCCGUGUGAAUGACGAUCCACACCUUCACCCCUGUGUGUGACGGAGUCUGUCUGUGACCACCGGUGCGGUGACGUCAUCGUUUUACAUGUCUGUAAUCGGCUCUGUUCCACACACACACACACACACACACACACACACACACACACACACAAGAGAAGCUGAUUGGAUCAAACGCCGUUUCCCCCACAAUCCCUUGCUCACAGACAUUGGGCUGUCAGGAACUCUCCUCCCUCAUCGGCCCAUCGCUCCGAGGAUUUCGGAUGCGGUGACGGCGUCGUUUUUCAGCCUGAUUCAUGGCGGUUCCGAGUUCUCCAUUAUCAAUGCAGACUUCCCCCCCCCCCCUCUCUCCUUCCUUUCCCGGAAGGAUCCGCAAACAAUCCGGGUUCAAGUUGUGUCAAGCACUGUUUUCAAUUUCGCCCGAGUGUGUCUGCGCGUCUGCACUCGCAGCCGCCCGACGUGCUAUCAGUCACACGGCCGCAAGUGGAGCCCGGCACUUAAUCACAGCUCCGCAAUUACUGUAUCGGCCUCUGCGUGCCCGCGACCGCGCGCUAACGCCCGCUAGCCCGCGCGCUAACGCCCGCUAGCCCGCGCGCUAACGCCCGCUAGCCCGCGCGCUAACGCCCGCUAGCCCGCGCGCUAACGUCCGCUAGCCCGCGCGCUAACGUCCGCUAGCCCGCCCGCUAACGUCCGCUAGCCCGCGACCGCGCGUCGCUAUCCCCCCCGCGACGGUACACGUAACGCAGAGCUGUGAUUGGACGAUUGAUUCACCAAGGCCUCCAGGAUAACUGUCGUUUAUAAUUUCAUUAAUAGAUUGGGACUCGCUGGUGUCUGCAAAUUUCUCAGAUGUCUAAUCUGUCACCCCGGCCUGUUCCUGAAGUGAACAUCUUCAGUGCUUUGUGUUAAUAGUGCUCUGCUGUUAUGAUGUGAUGUGUUGAACUGCUGUAUAAAGGUCUAAGGGUGUUGUUGUGAAGGAACUGCCCACUCAAAGGUUUGAAUCUGUAGAUUUGUGCCACGAGACCACAGGCUUGGGGAUCAAAAGUGUCUUAACAGGCAUUUUAGUCUUGUAAUAAGAUCUUUUUUCCCCCUCAACUAGGAAAUAUUAGCUUGUUUUAAGUUACUGUUUGCUUGACAAGUGGAAUUUUCUCUCCUCAUUGGCAAAUCUUGAAAUGAGUCAAACUGUUUUACCCCAUUGGAAUUUUUUUUUCUUCUUUAUUUCUGUGGUCUACUUAUCACUGGGUUUCAAUCAGACUCACAGGUGCAUUGUGGGAUUGCUGUUACAGUUGCCAAUAUGGCAGAAGCACACAGCACAUACGUGUGAAUGCAGAAUCAGCCCCAAUAGCUGGUGUAAGAUGAUAAUGCCGUGGCGUCUGCAGCUGGAACCCGUGUCGGCGUUUCCUUCAGGUUCUCUGGCUCCUACUGGACCCAACCACCUUAAUGCAAUCUCAUCCCACAUUUAAAAUCUGUUUUUUUUUUUUUUUCUUUUUUUCUUUCCCCUGAAAAUGUACCUCGUAGCUUUCAUAAUGUGUUCUCGUGCCCUUUCUGACAGUCUGGCGGAGGGAAAAGAUACUCGACACGGAUGCCUUUUAUGGUUUACAGUAAAAACGUCAAACCGGUGGGUCCAUUAUAUAACGUGAGGCAGGGCGGGUUGAUUUCCUAUAGGAUAUCCGGUAUUCCACUCGGACAGCUGUAAAGGUUUUGAUUGUCUCUGAAGCUGUACAGUAAAUUAUUCGCAGACGUGGCCGUGUUAUUUUUUUAUCGCACCGCUGUAUAAAGACGCGUAAUUCUG